GCUUUAAAAUCUUCUUCCUCGACAACCAAACUUCCUCUCUUCUACAUCAACCUCCAUCACAAACAUCUCCUCCACCAACAACGACACUCUCCACCACAACAACCAACAACCACACCAACACACCAACACACCACCCAACAUGCCUCAGCGAAUCCCCGAAGCCACCGAGCUCAAGGACCUCCUGUCCCUCAAGGGCAAGGUCGUCGUCGUGACUGGUGCGUCCGGCCCCAAGGGCAUGGGCAUCGAGGCCGCCCGCGGUUGCGCUGAGAUGGGUGCCGACGUGGCCAUCACAUACUCGUCCCGCCCCGAGGGUGGUGAGAAGAACGCCAAGGAGCUCGCCGAGAAGUACGGUGUCAAGGUCAAGGCCUACAAGUGCCAGGUCGACAAGUACGAGAACUGCGAGAAGCUCGUUGCCGAUGUCGUCGCGGAGUUUGGCAAGAUCGACGCCUUCAUCGCCAACGCCGGUGCCACCGCCGACUCUGGCAUCCUCGACGGCUCUGUCGAGGCCUGGAACCACGUCAUCAAUGUCGACCUCAACGGCACCUUCCACUGCGCCAAGGCCGUCGGCCACCACUUCAAGGAGCGCGGCACUGGCUCGCUGGUCAUCACCUCGUCCAUGUCCGGCCACAUCGCCAACUACCCACAAGAGCAGACCUCGUACAACGUCGCCAAGGCCGGCUGCAUUCACAUGACCAAGUCUCUCGCCAACGAGUGGCGCGACUUCGCCCGUGUCAACUCCAUCUCCCCCGGCUACAUCGACACCGGCCUCUCCGACUUCGUCGCCAAGGACGUCCAGAAGCUCUGGCACUCCAUGAUCCCCAUGGGCCGUGACGGUCUCGCCAAGGAGCUCAAGGGCGCCUACGUCUACUUCGCCUCGGACGCCUCCACCUACACCACCGGCUCCGACCUCCUCGUCGACGGUGGCUACUGCUGCAGGUAGAUGUCUUCGUUGACGUCCACCUCACCAUUACGACGACUUCACGAUUUUCGACGAAUGGAAGGAAUGAGAAAAGGUGCGAUGGCUGCUGAGGUUGACAAUGGGAGGAUGUCAGUCAAGUGGCUGUUGGCCUUGCACUGAGGUAUACGAUUGCUUUCAAGGGAAACAAAUGUGCAAACGGGAAGAGAGCCUGGUUGUACAAGUUGUAGUUGAGUGAAACACAGAUCAAGCUUCACGUCACAA